CAUGGGAAUACUGCCCUUCAUGAAUCUUCAUGGAAGGGGUACAGUAGAUCUGUCCGCCUUUUGGCAUCGGCUGGAGCUGACCUCAACAAAUGUAAUUUCGGAGGAUUCACCCCUCUCCACCUCAGCUGCCAAAACGGCCAUAAUCAGUCCUGCAGGGAGCUCCUGCUGGCGGGAUGCGACCCUGAUAUACGAAACAACUACGGAGACACUGCUUUGCACACAGCAGCUAGGUACGGUCAUGCCGGAGUGACGCGCAUUCUCAUUUCUGCUCAGUGCCGCGUGUCGGAACAAAAUAAAAAUGGUGAUACCGUACUGCACAUCGCUUCGGCAAUGGGCAGACGAAAACUGACAAGGAUAUUGCUCGAAGCGGGUUGUGAUAAAAGUGUUCGAAAUAAACAGGGUGAAACGGCACGGGACAUCGCGUUGCGAAAAAACCUCAGUGAAAUUAUGGACAUUCUCGAUGAAUGCGGAACGGAGAAGGAUAGGAAAAUGCGAGGAAAGAAGCGAUCCAAAAGCAAAGUGAAGUUUGACGAAAAGUUAGGAAAAGAUGUUGCAGAUAUUCCAGAAGAGUCCAAACCAUGGUCUCCAUAUGGUUGCCAUUACUUUCCAGAUCCUAAAAAUUUCCCUUCCCCGCGACUGGAUUCCCUCCCGCAUGAACCAUUGAAAAGGGGCGAACAGUAUUAUUUGGAUCUUGCAGGUAAAUAG